GUGUGUGCGUGGAUGGAUGGAUGGAUGAGCGAACGAACGGAUAGAGGGGUUUCGCACGCUGCGACUGCGCGGCACAUAUUCCAUCACUCGUAUGCGCCGCGCCACACGUCGACAUGUCUUUCUUCUUCUUUAGCCGCGCAAGACGCCGCUCUUGACGCUCAAUGUGCUCAUGGCGAGGAUCCGGACUGUAUGCGCCAUGCAAGGGCCGUGAGGGGACCAUCUGCUCGAUUGCUUUUGUCAAGGAUGUGCUGUACCCAUACUUCACCAAAGCCCUCCCACAAUACCUAACCACCCACUGGACCGACCCCACAAUCCAAACCCUCCUCCCCAAACUCCCCUCCAACGUCGCCCACACCCCCGAGGCCCUCCAAGCACACUUCCUCGACCUCGUCGCCAGAGACAUCAAAGACCCCGUCCUGAAAGAACUACAAGGCCACAUCUGGACAAAAGGCUACACCACAACCGCCCUCACCGCCCCCCUCUACCCGGACGUAAUCCCCUUCUUCCACGCCCUGCGCGCCCGCGUCCGCCCCCGCACCACCACCCUCGCAAUCUACUCCUCCGGCAGCGUCCAGGCGCAGAAACUCCUCUUCGCCCAUAUCGACAGCACCUCCUUUCCCCCGUCCCACUCCGAAUCCCCAUCCCAACCCCAGGACAACAAGAACAACAACAAAUCCAAAGACAUAACACCCUACUUCCACCCCCACUUCUACGACACACAGAACGCGGGCCCAAAGACAGAUCCCGCCAGCUACACGCGCAUCCUGCACAGUCUCGGCACUACUACCAGCAACACAACCACCACCACCACUACCGCGGCGGCGGCGGCGGCGGCGGACAAGGUCACCUUCUUCACCGAUAACCCCGCCGAGGCAGACGCCGCGCAGGCAGCGGGCUUGUAUGUCAUCGUGCUUGUCCGGCCGGGGAAUGCGGUGCUGGGCGAGGGUGUGAGGGGGAGGUUUGCGUGUGUGGAGGGGUUUGAGGGGGUUCUUGAGGGGGUAGUCUAGAUUUGAGAGUGGGUUUGGGGGAUCGCUGUAUACCACGUCGUUCUUUGAAAUUAGAAGACAUGUGAGUGGUGGGAGUAGGAUGGGAAGAGCGUAGAUAUGGGAUAUGUAUGGAUAUGUAUGCACAUCCACAUGC